CGGCAAAUCGCGAGGAGCCACUGCCACAUUCAUGCUGCCCGCCGGCUGCUCGCGUCGGCUGGUAGCCGAGCUGCGGGGCGCCCUGGACGCUUGCGACGAGCGACAGCGGCAGCUGGAGCGGAGCCUGCGCGUAGCCCGACGGCUCCUGCGGGCCUGGGUACCAGAGCAGACCCCGGCUCCGGAGCCAACCCCAGGGCCAGAAACUGAAGAAACUCCGUCUCCAGCAUGCACACCCAGCUCCGAAGACAUCAAAGAGCUGGAGCUUCUGACCCAGGCCCUGGAGAAAGCUGUACAGGUGCGAAAAGGCAUCUGGAAGGCUGGAGAGAGGGACCAGGACCCCAGCCUGAAGUCUGGGUCAGUUGUUGAUUCUGCUACCACAGCCUCUGCCCCACCCCAGGCCUCAGGCCGGGCAGCCCAAGCAUCAGAGACAAAACUCCCAAGGGGCACCCGCCAGACCACAGGGCCUACCAAGGCACCUGAGCGCAGGCUUCUGUCACCCGGACAUGGGACUCGUAGGGAUAAAGCGGCCCGAGCCACCAAGCCUGGACCAGGCCUCAGGGACCAACAGAGAGCCCCAUCAGCUGCUCCUCGUGUCCCAGAAGCUUUCACACUCAAGGAGAAGGGGACCCUGCUGCAGCUGCCCCUGGCCUUCAGGAAGGCGGCUUCCCAGAACUCCCGCCUGUGGGCCCAGCUCAGCUGUACACAGACCAGUGACUCCAUGAACGCUGUUACCACGGCCAAAACCCAGUUCCUCCAGAAAAUGCAGACAACUUCAGGCUGGCCCAGCUCCGGGCUCAGUGCUGCUGAGGUGGAGGCGGAGGUGGGGCGCCUGCGGAGGGCCUGCUGGCUGCUGAGACUACGCAUGGGUGAGGAGCUUGCAGCAGACCCCAGGGACUGGAUGCAGGAAUACCGCUGCUUGCUCACCCUGGAGGGGCUGCAGGCCAUUGCAGGGCAGUGUCUUCACAGGCUGCAGGAGCUACGUGCAGCAGUGAUGGGACAGCAGCUGGGGCCAUGGCCUGAAGAGACAGUGUCCAGGGCCUCAUUGCCCUGUGGAGGAGGAGCAGACCCCAUCUGGAGCCCCCAGCUGCUUCUCUACUCCAGUACCGAGGAGCUGCAUGCCCUGGCAGCCCUCAGGCUGCGGGUGGCCAUGCUAGACCAGCAGAUCCACUUGGAGAAGGUCCUGAUGGCAGAACUUCUCCCCCUGGUGAGCACGCAGGAACCAUUGGGGCCUGCCUGGCUGGCGCUGUGUCGGGCAGCACACAGCCUGCUCUGUGAGGGGGGCCAGCACUUCCUCACCAUCCUGCAAGAUGGACCUGCCGACUGAACCCCAUCGCCCCCCACCCCACUCCCAGGCCCAGGACCCUGGGGCCAAGGCGAGAGCUCCCCUCCCUGUUCUGAGUUAAGUGAAUGGGGAUGGAGGUUUCUUGGGGGCCCAGAGUGCCUGUGCCUCCUGGGAAAGCCAGGUUUCCAAGGUGGGGUGGGGCGGCCCCUGGCACUUCCUAAGGAACCAAGGGCCCGUGGCUGCUAGGCCUGCUGCUCGGGCCUCUGCUGGCUGGCCGCCCGCAGCCUCAGGGGCUCUUAGCAACCUGUUUUUCCUUGCUUUAGACUCGAAAUUGCUUCUGUGGUUUUCAUACUUCUUUAGAAAGUAAUAUAUUUAAAUCAUGUCAAGGUGGGAGUUAGUGUCUG